GUCAAAGUGCGCAAAGCGAAAAAAAAACAAAAAAAGGAGAGUUUUACAAUUUUCUAGCGUCGUUCGUUUUGUACGCCAAUAUAUAUAUUUUCUAAUGGCGCCGCCGCCCAAAGCAGUUGUGGACCAAGGCAGCGCCAGCAACCGCAGCGGCGGCAGCAGCAGCAACAACAACUCGGUGGGCGGGGCAACCGGCGCCGUGCCCAAACAACAAACGCCUCCAAACGGAGCAACUGCAUCCGGAUUAAAUGCAUCUAAUUCGACCAGUCGAUCGGCCCGUUCCCGCCGGCAGCAGGAGCACCUGGGCGAACCGGACAUGGACUUUGUGGAGCCACUGCAGCGGGACGCGCUGAAAACGCUAAAUGAUCUCCUCCAGCGAGCACGCAUCACCAACGGCAAGAAUCGAUCCCCGGCGGAGCAGCAGCUGACCAGCAAGGAAUCGAGGUCACCUGCCCAGCAGCAACAGCAGCGCGAGACACUGCGUCAAUUGGCCUACGAUUCAGCAGAGCAAUUGCAGGAGCAGCAGCAGCGCUACCGCUUUCCCGUGCGUCCCGUCCAGAGGGUUCAGCACCAGCCAUCCUCGUCAUCGGGCGCCCCCUCAUCCUCGUCUGCCCUGCUGCGUUUGCGUCAGUCGACGCCGCCGAAUGCCACAGUUGGUGUGGUCAUCCCAAACGCAACUACCAGCAACGGAAACGGCAAUUUGAGUGGCCCAGAGGAGCAGGCUACCCAACUGACACCCGCAGGAUUGCAUCAACUGGUCCAUCGACUCUUUGGAGUAAACCCUUUGGGUCCCCGACACGAAUCAGGUCGCUCCCAGGUGGAUGUGCUGCGCUCCCUGCUGGGACUGGACGAGAACUUGAACAGCAGUAGGCAACAGUCAGGUGUAAACCUUGCAGAGCUCAACAACAUGGUGCAUGAAAUCAACCCAAACGCGGAACAGGACGAGGGCAUAGUCAAUUCGACCAGUCUGGAGGAUGUUGCAUUAAGCGAGAUGAGCGACAACCGCGCCCAGUCCAUCCAAUCCCUGCAUAGCGUUUUGGAGACACCAACGCCCGAUGCGGCGCCCAGUUUCGAUGAGCUUCAGCAGCGCCUGGAGGCCUCCAACCGCAACAUGCAGCACCUGCAGGACGAACAGGCCAAGCUGCUGCACAUCCAGAACAUGGCCAAGUCGCACCUUAGCGAAAUGGAGCAGCUGCGCCAGCAGGCCGAUCGCCUGCCGCACAAUAGCAAUGGAGGAGAGGCCCCGAAAUACGAGUCCGUGCAGCAGGUGCAGGACGAUAUGGCCUCGCUGGUGGGUCGCAUGAAGAAUCUCACCGCCUUCAUCCACAACCAGAACGAACUGAGCACCGUGCUGGGGGAUGAUGGCCCCGAAAUCCUGGCCGAGCAGCAGGCACUGCAGGAGAAACUGGAGGCGCUGCGCACGCAACGUGAAGAUAUGCGGAAUCUGGUGGACGAACUGAACAGCAUCAAUCGUACGGCUAGGGAAACAGCAAGGGUCAUCAAAGAGGAGACUCCCACGCCGCCUCCAAAGGCAGCUCCUGCUCCUACUCCUGCCAAGGAGCAGGUGGCGCCGGCCAAAGAGCGCGUGGUGCCAGUGGAGUACCAGAGGAACGUACCCAUCAUGCGGCAGGAGGCGGCAAAUGCUGCCCAGCGGGCUCUUCACGCCCAGGCGAUGAUCAACCAGAAGACGGCGGAUAUAGAAGCCCUCAAGGCGCAGAUGGCCAGGCUAAAGGGAAUGCUGAACACUGUAAGCCAGAUUGAGGAGGGCACACCCAGCAUGGGCGCCGCCUUGGAGCGGCGAAGUGAGGAGAGAACGAGCAGCGUGGAACGUGAACUCCCAGCGGAGAUUGCAGAGCGCGUCUACGGUCUUAACCAAGUGACCUCCGAACUGCGGGCCGAGGCAGCUAGCCUGCAAAAGGAGCGCGAUCGUAUUUUGGCCCUCAAGGCAGAGAUUGAGCGCCGCAAACAGCAAGCGGCCGCCGCAGUUCAGAUGGGCGAGGAUGCCCUGAAAAGAAGUAGUCUUACGCCAACUCCCACGCCCAAUAGGCAGCAUCAAGUGGAGCAGGAGGAGGAGGAAGAUCCAUCGGAGGACACCUCCCUUCAGGCCACGCCCACCAAGGAACAACUCCGCAACGAACUGCGCUUGCAGUGCGAGCGUUUGCGCAAGGAGUACGAGCAGAAGCAGCGGGAACUGGAGCAGCGCUACGUGGCCAGCAACAACACCACCUCGGAGGCGGAUGACGAGGGUAACGACGACACGGACAGCGAUAAGUACUUUGCCAACGUGCGUACCGCCUCCUCUGCUACGCUCAAGCGGGCUGCCUCCGCCAGCACUGUUGUGGAGCAGCGGCGCGGUCAGCAGCAGCCUAACUUGCCGCCGCAGCAAGCUGCUGCUCCGCCGCCACCGGCUCCUCCGUCCACCCUCAACGAAGACGAUCUGAACGUGACGCUGGAUACGCUUUCCUUGGGCAACGAUAGCCUGCCCUCGAGCAGCAACAGGUCGCAGUACAUGCCGCCUCCCAUGCCGCCAGUGCCAGGAAUUUGGGCAUCGCACAACGCCGGGAAUACGUGGCACGGACAGCAACCGAUCUACGGGCAGGCUAGCUCCUCCACUGGAGCCGAGUUCAAGCCACCGCCAGCGGCUCCGCAAGUGGGCUCCUCGAAUGGCUCCGGUUCAAACGCUUCGAACGACGCCGUGCUACUGCAGCAGUUCAUGCAGACGCAACAGAUGCUCAUCAACUCGGUGUGCCAGUGCAACCAGACGCUGUGGCAUCAGCAGCGGGAGAUCGACAACCUCAAUAACCAACUGCAUACGCUCCAGGAUCGCUUCAAUGUGGUUGCUUGCCAGGAUCACAGCUUUGGGCUGCGUUCGGAGUCAGUGCCGCCGCCGAAUCUUCCAGUGGGCCCUGGCAUGGGUCAGAUGCCCAACAAUCUGUGCCUGGGCAACAGUCGUGCCCAGUCCGAGCAGCUAUUUAACUUCGGGGCCCACCAGAGCGCCUUUAGUAACUAUCAGCGCAGCUGCCAUCGCACCGGCAGCGAGUCUCAUCAUCAUCAGCAGCAGCAGCAGCACCAGACGCAGCCGUUUCUCAACAAUGCCGCUCCGCCACCGCCGCCGACGCAUUACAACAAUGAGACGCCCCUGUCGCCGCCAACGUACCGCUCAAGUCCGGGUCCCAUCUUUAUGAACCAUCACAACAACACGAUCCACCAGAACAACUCGAAUCUGCGAACGCAGAACCAGCAUGCCAACAAUCUGCACUCGCUGCCCGAAGGAGCAGCUGGGGGAGGAGCACCUGGCGGGGGAAUCACCCUGAAUAACCAGGUGCCACCCGGAAACCGGGCCAACAAUUACUGGGACAAUUUCCGCAGUCACUCGCGCCAGAAUCUUCUGUCCAACAAGAGCAACGAGGAGCUGAACGUGGACCUCCAGCAGUACCGUCGCCAGCGGGCGCGUCCCAGCUACUUUCCGCCGCCCCAGUUGCUGGCGCCGCCCACAUCCCGCAGUGGUUUGACGUCCCACCAGCAGCAGCAGCAGCCGCGUCGCCACUUCUUCGAAUCGCCACUAACCGCUUUGCAUGGCAGCAGCUCCAAUGGCAGCAAUAAUUUGAACAAUAGUGCCGGAAGGAAACGCGACUGGCGCGAUGAUCCCACACACAAUCGCGACCAUGACGACGAGGAUGUCGAUGAGGUGGAGGAGAAUCAUGAUAAUGUCAUCUUUGGCUCCGGUAGGCGACGCAAUCGUCGCCGCCCGCAACUUUCCACGCUGCGAGAUGAGGAGACCGAGCAGGCUAGUGCCUCCAAUCUCAACAUGAACGUAAACUACGGCAAUAGUCCGCUGUAUCAGCGGAACAAAGUGCCGGCGAAGCCAACCACUUCCACAGUUUCGCUGACUCCGCUGCAGCAGCGACACCUGCGCUUUGACUUUGAGCUUCCGGCUCACUACAUGGACUACAUUGACCUGCCACAGAUGACGCCGGUGGACACUACUCCGAUUCUCGGCCAAGAACCCUCGCCCGUUGACGAAUCAAAUGCGAUGGAGCAAACCGAGGAGACGGCCUCCGAGGAGCUCAAUCGCAAUUUGCUUGUAAAUGCUUUGAAGAACGAUAAGUUUACCACCAAGUUUUAUGAAUCCAUCAAGGAGGAUGUCUACCGCCGACUGGAGACGCUGUUCGAACAGCAGCAGCAACAGCAGCAGCAGCAGCAAAAUCAGCAGCUGCAGCAGUCGCAAGAGCCGCACGGUUUGCGAAAGGCUCUUAACCAGGAAGAGGCGGAGCCCACGGAUGACGUGGAGGCCACCGAGAGUCGCAGUGAAACGCCGCUGGAAGUGAUGCGCCUGCAGCUGGACAAUGAUCAGCCGGAGGAUGAAAAGGCUUCGCCAGUGAAGCAGCUAACGGUGGUCAUUCCCCAAAAUGGAGCUGCUCUCGAGGAGAUGGAAGCCAGUGCAUCUGGCGUGGCCUCCUCUGUAAGAUUGGAUAACGAAGAGCAAGUGGAACAUGCCUCUGCAUCUGGAACAGGAGCAGAACCCAUCAUGGAACUGGCCCCGGAUCACGAACUGAUCGAGUACAUUAUCAAACGCAUUCGCAACCAGACGCACAACAAUACCGUCAUCAAUGAUUCUUUACUGGCGGAGGUCUCCAAGCUGACGGCCACUGCUGCCCAGAAUUCGGCCGCCAGUUCGCCACUCAUCUCGCCCAAACGCAUUUACGCCAAGAUCAAGAAGAUGGAGAUGCCACGACAGCGGGACGAGUUUCUGCUCUGGUAUCGCUCCUAUUUGGAGCAGCUUUUCGUGGUGGAGCAGCCGCAGGAUAGCUGUAAGGUGAAGGUACCAAAAGUGCCUACUGGUACUCCAGCCAAGCAGACAAACAAGCGAGUGCGCGAGCAGUCGCAAUCCCAGUCGCAGGACUCCAACAACGACGCUGACCUGGCCGAGGCGGACCAGAAGAAUGUCUCCUCGUCGGGAAAUGGCGAUUUGGAGUGCGAGAACAACGAGAAUCCCGGCGAGGAAGCGGAUGGCCAGGCUGCGGCAGAGUCUUCCGGUGCAGAAAAGCCAGAUAUUAGCCUGGAAUAG